UCUCACCGACACAAGUGCCCCCACCAGCAGACGCAGAGAAACGCCGCGGUCGUCCACUUUGUCCCCAGUGACUCUUCGCCGUCAGCGGAGCCGCGAUGCUCUAGAUCAUGUAGGAUUGGACUGUUUCUUUUCUUUUUUCUUUUCUUUCUUUUUUUGUACUUUUUACCGGAUAGCCCGCAAACUGUGAAACCUCUCCAUAGCUCGCCGGAGCCUCAUUCAUCUGGUCGCCUGCCCUGUAGCCUCGAACCCAGCGGUGAACUUUUGAGAGAAACUACAGAAGAAGUCGCCGGUGGUCCACACACACACACGCAGUCUGUGAUAUAUCUGGCCUGACAACACUUGCGUCAUGAGUGAACAGAGUAUCUGCCAGGCACGAGCCGCUGUCAUGGUGUACGACGAUGCCAAUAAGAAGUGGGUCCCGGCCGGCGGUUCCACUGGAUUCAGCAGAGUCCACAUCUACCACCACACAGGCAACAAUGCCUUCCGCGUGGUGGGACGCAAGAUCCAAGAUCAUCAGGUGGUGAUAAACUGUGCAAUUCCCAAGGGUCUGAAAUACAACCAGGCCACGCAGACCUUCCACCAGUGGCGUGACUCCAGACAGGUCUACGGCCUCAACUUUGGCAGCAAGGAGGACGCCAACGUCUUUGCCAGUGCCAUGAUGCACGCUCUGGAGGUGCUCAACUCCCAGGACUCGGGUCCCACAUUGCCCAGACAGGGCCCCCAGGUUCAAAAUGGCCCCACACCAGAGGAGAUGGACCUGCAGAGAAGGCAGCUUCAGGACCUACAGAGGCAGAAGGAGAUGGAGCGCGAGCGUCAAGAGAGGGAGCGUCAGGAGCAGGAGCGCCUGGAGCGAGAGAUGCUGGAGCGCGAGCAGGAGCGGGAGCGUCAGGAACGGGAGCGCCAGGAGAGGGAGGCGCAGAUGGAGAGGGAGCGACUAGAGCGGGAGCGCCAGGAGCAGCAGGAGCGCGCCGAGCGUGAGCUGAUGGAGAGGGAGAAGGCGGAGAGAGAGCGGCUGGAGAGGGAGCAGCAGGAGCAGUUGGACAGAGAGCAGCAGGACUGGGAGAGAGGGAGACGCAUCUCUAAUGCCGCUUUCGAAAGCACCCUGUACACUCCCACACCUCAGGAGUACGGCAGAACAUCCUCGACACCCGUAUCUCCAUCCACGCCCACCUACCCAGCUCCCGGGUUGCCGUCGCCCUCCUCCACCACACCCCCGACCCCGCCUCUCAGGCACUCAGCCUCCCGAUUCGCCACUUCGCUCGGUUCCGCUUUCCACCCAGUGUUGCCUCACUACGCCACAGUCCCGAGGCGACAGCCAGCCUUCCCACAAGCCCCGCCCCCUGCUCCUGCUCCGGCCCCCACACCUCCUCCUCCUCCGCCCAAGUCUGUGGUGUGGUCAGCGUGCAACUUUACCCCGCUGCCUCCAUCACCCCCCGUCAUGAUUAGCAGUCCGCCAGGAAAGGCCACAGGUCCUCGGCCACUCAUCCCCAUCGCAGCACCUUCCCCUCUUACCCAGAAGCCCCCCUCGCCUUCCCCCAACGGCCCACCUAUGUUCCCCGCACCCUCUCCCUUGACCAUCCCCCAUAGUCAUACCCCUAUUGGCAUCGCCUGUCCAACCCCACCUCCCCCACCUACCCCGCCCCCUCUCCCCUCUCCUGUAGCUCCCCAUCCGUCUUCCUCCUUUGCCUCGUCUCCCCCCUCCUCAUCCCAGGCUCCCGGUGUGCCCUCUCCCUCCACAGCGCCCCUUGCUGCUGCAGCCACUGCCGCCACCUCUGCCUCUGUUGAGCACCUCUCCCUCCCCGUGGGCCUGGGCCUGUCGGGACCGGGGGAGCCGGACACAGCCGCAGGCCCAGAGCCCCACUCGUCUCAGGGGGGCUUCUCCUGUCAGCCCCAGGACAUGGUGCAGACCCCGGGGUUGACCACCCCAACUCCUCCCCCACCUCCACCCCUGCCACCCAGCUCCACUGUGACCUCGGCGACCGCCACCCCGGCCGCUACACCCACCACCCCGGCCGCCCACCCUCCACCUCCCCCACCUCCUCCACUCCCUCCUACACUGACUCCGUGUGGGACGCCCCCUCCUCCGCCAGGCCCACCUCCUCCCCCUGGAGCCCCGCCCCCUCCCCCGGCACCUCCUCUUCCCGCCGGACUGUUCUCUCCUGCAGAGGACCGCCCCCUCUCAGGCCUGGCUGCUGCCCUCGCCGGAGCCAAGCUGCGCAAAGUGCCACGGAGUGACGAUGCAGGGGCAAGUCUGGCAGCAGCCGUGUCAGGGGCUGUGGGGGCUGCAGGGGCCAAAACUGAAGCCAGAGGAAAUGGCCCUCUGCCUGGAGGAGGAGGGCUUAUGGAGGAGAUGAGUGCCCUGUUGGCUAGGAGGAGAAGAAUUGCAGAGAAGGGCUCGUCACCUGAACCUGACCAGAGAUCAGAGGAGGGCGAAAUAAACACAACCCCUAAAAUGUCAGCCUGUAGCACACCAGACAUGCCCAGGAAGCCAUGGGAAAGAACAAACACCAUGAAUGGUAGCAAAUCUCCAGUUAUUGGAAGACCUAAAUCCACUCCUACACCUACUGCAUCCUUAAGUGCCAACGGUGUGCCAACAGAAGCUGUUGACUAUGACAGAUUGAAACAGGACAUUCUGGAUGAGAUGAGGAAGGAGUUGUCAAAGCUAAAAGAAGAGCUCAUUGAUGCAAUCAGGGAGGAGCUGGGCAAGUCCAGCACGGCAUAGAGGAUCCAGGCUUGCUGUUCAGAACAUCUACAUCCACGUGACCCUACAGGCCAACCACGGUCAAUUGAAGACACGACAGAAAACGACAGCGGAAUACAAUGGCGACAACCCACGGAGACGGCGAUGACAACAAUAAUCAUGUUAAUACUCAGAGAGGACUUUAUUUGGGGUGGAGCGGUGCUGGACAAAACAACCAUGGACAGGGUAAUGGUGGAAGGCUGGUAACUCUGAUAGCUGUGAUUCAUAGAAUCCAUUCCCGUGUUCCCGCUACCCCCCAAACACCCCCACCCCCUUUCAACUCCCCUCCCCCUCCAGCUGAGGGCAUCUCAUCCUGGGGGGGACAGUGCACGGUUUGAACAAGAAGCGAAAAUCUUUAUGCAAAGAUGAUUUCUCUGUCUUUGUCCUAUAACAACAAGAAAAAAAAAACACAAAAAAAUAAUACUGAACUCUCUGAUGAUACUGUAUUAACCAUUGGCGCAUAAGUGAACAGCAACACUGAUGCUCAGAGUCAGAACUCUUGUGAUUUACUAUCGAAAGCCGCGUUUUACUAAGUGAGUGUGGCGAUAGGAAGAAGGUGGGGAUGGAAAAUAAGAACUUUUUUUUUUUUUCCCAUAAUGCCAUAGGGGUAGCGUGCCUGGGUGCGUGCGUGUGUGUUUGGGUGUGUGUGAGUGUGUAUGGGGGGGACUGACAGUCUCUGGUGAAGUCCACCACUGCAGGACACUGUAAAGCUUGUCUUCCUAAAAUACUAUUUUAACCUGAACAUGUACAAAAAGAGAGAAAAAGUUAUUUAGAAAAAAAAACAACAAAAAAAAAAACACGUAUCUAUCAACCAUGUCUGUUUCUGUGUAGAUCUACGGCCAUAUCAAGUAGCUCAAUAAUCCAGUCCUUAAACAGGAAGCUCUCUCGUCUGUCUCUCCAUCAUCUGUGGAAUCAUAAUCAGAAGUGUUGUCUCCCUGCUGAAGUGAGCGCUCUGUGGAGAGAUUUUUACCGUCAUGCUAGUUGACCAUGGCCAGACGUGUAGAUAGAAAUGACUUCCUUUCCUGUGCGUUUUGAUUUGAGGACUCUCUCGCCCUUUCUCUGUCAGUCUCUGUCCUGUUUUUCAUAUUUAGGUACUCCGUUUGGUGCACGUACGGUCCUUUUCUUUACGAGGUGAAGGUCACAAGUCUGCCACGAAAAUUGUAUUAACUGUCACAAGUUUUAUUACAAGCAAUAAGUGUAGCAUCUCUUUUAAGGCCCGCCUGCCCGAGUCCCAACACCACCAAACAUAUUUCAGUGUGUGUCUCUGUCCUUUUUGGCCCUCCUGAGCUCUUGUUGGGCCAGUUCUUACUGUUACUAUGCCACCUCUUGUUGACUGUAUUGCAGAUGUUCUGUGGAACUGAAGGCUGACAUGAACGAAUAUCAGAACAACACUGUAAGACCUGAUUUCGUGGAAUUUCUCCAUCACAACACUCUCCUUUAUUAUUUUGGAUUCCUUUUUCUUUCCUGUAACAUCCAAGGAUACUGUAUCUUUAGCUGCAUUGGAGUUAAACUGUUUUUUUUUUUCAUUUAUUUUUAUUUUACAGCAUUUAUAAGAGUAAAAACUUUUUAAAGGUGCACAGGUCAACUCAACUAUGUAAGAGAUGGUGUCCGUAUGAGGACGUGAAUGUGCCAUUUACUCUUUCACCAGUGCUUACUGAUGACGUCUUCGUUUCAUCUCUUUGUCUUUGCCUUUUUCUCCUGCCACUGUCAAAUCCUUAAAACUGUAUUUUCCCUGAACAUAUGUAGAAGGGAACUGUCACUUUAUUCUAAAACCCUUUGGUUUCAUCAUUUCUUUCAGUUCAGUGCUGAGUUUGUUGUGCACAAUCAACCUGAGAGGGAUAUGUUGGGAGCUGAGACUGGUGUCCAUAAACUGUAGCUGUUGCUCCAAGACUGCGUGUCAAGGUAACAGAUUAAAGUCCAUGUUAGUGCAGUUCUCUGUAGGAGGGACGGCCUCACUAAUACAAUCAAACCUCAUGACUUUUUAACAGCCACUUUACAGUGGAGUCUGCAGGACAAACCUGCUGCUUAGUAACAACCUUGUGACCCUUCCAGAGGAUCCUAAAGAGAUGGGAUGUCCUGCUAAAAGUCUGAGAGUUCUACUUUAAGUAAUUUAGGAUCUACAGUGAAUUUUGUGGUAUCUUGAUUGUUACAAGCACCAAACAGAGAAUUUACAAGGCAAUACAGUGUUCAUACUAUCACCAUAGUUAAUGUUUCCAUUCUGGUUUCUUUGCGACAAUAACAGUACGUCUAACUUAAAGGGAUGCAGCAGUGAUUUAAUAUUUAGCUUCCAUAAAGUUGGGGAAAUUUGCAAUGGGCCAGUAUUUUUAAAAAGAAGGGUCAAAAUCACAACAGCAGAGGCCAAGACAUUCUGACUUUUAGUCCCGAGACUGAGUGAAGCUUUAAAAAUGUUUGGUCCUACAGUUCCCAUAAUACCUUGAUACACCUUGAUCUUGUCUUUUCAUGAGACCCUCCUUGCCUGGUUAACAUCCAUAUCUUUCAAAUGGUUCUGGUUUCUGAUCAAAUUUUGGAGUCUCCAAGACACAACAAGGGCUAUCUCUCAGACUUCAGCUCUUCCAGAGUCGCAGAAAACAUUAUUCAACUGUUUCCAAAGGCUGAGGCUCCUCAUGUAGACGUUUUAAUGUGUAAAAAUCUGUGGAAUCCCCCUUUAAAUUACGAUUAGAAGAAUAGGCUAAUGAGUCGUUGUCCUACCUAAAGGUUUGUUAAUCAGGGGCCGUCUGUGGCUGUUUGUAAAACACAGCUGUUCAAGGGCUUGGAAUUGUCUUUGCUACAAAAAAAAAAAGUAUUUCCCCCUUAGUUAUUUUCUUGGGUUUGGGUCAAAUUUGUUAAAAAAAAAAACACUUUCAGCUGCUUUCAAUUCCAGUUUAGACAUUUUAGACAGACGCCAUAAUCCU